AUGCAAUCGACAUCCAUCGUUAUACUCAUCGCGGCUCUUGCAAUAGUUGCUGUCCAAUAUUCGGAAGCACGUUAUCAUCCUUUGAUUGAUUUGCGUGACGAGGGAGAUUCGGAUAAUUCAUUCAUAGUCACCAGCUUUGCGGAACGUGCAGAAGAAGCACCAGCCUGCAGUGGAGCUAUUUGUUGCACUGAUAAAUGCGUUCAAUGUCUUACCCCUGAGAAGACACCUCGUCUUGGUUUUUGUAGACACGAUAAAGCUCUUCGAAGUUUUGUUGCGUUUAAAAGUGCCGAAUCUUGCGAAAAGAGCAGUUCUCUCAGUUCUACUGUGCUUGGCUUUGCUGCCCAUGAAAAUGAUAUUUGCACUAAACCAAAGACACGAAAAUAA